UGUUUCCUCCUGGAGAUGGAGGACCAGCUUUCUCCACGGGCUCUGCCAUUCCCACCCCUGUGGCCCCCCUCCACGCCGGCCACUUCCCCCCUUUUCCGGUCUCCCGCACUCUCGUGCCCUCCUCCUGGGCUGCUUCCCCGAGCUCCCCCGUUACCUCUCCCUCAGGUCCCCGCCCUCAGCUCACCAUGGGCGAGUCUCCCUCCAGGAAAGCGGGAGGAGGGACCAGGACCUGAGUUGCAUAGUGGCUGUCUGGAUGGGCUUCGGAGCCUAUUUGAGGGACCUCCCUGCCCCUAUGUUGGGGCUGUGCUAUCUUUCCAAGCCCCUGUGACGGCCCGCCCUGCCCCGGCCACUCCCUCCGGAGACCCCAGUAUGGAGGAGCACCUGGCCGUCAUGUAUGAGAGGCUGAGACUAGAGCUCCCCACUCUCUUCCUUCACUCCCAUGACUAUUCUCUCUACUCCUCGGAUGUGGAGUUCAUCAACGAGAUCCUGCGCAUCCGCACCAAGGGCCGGACGUGGUACAUCCUGUCGCUGACGCUCUGCCGCUUCCUGGCCUGGAACUAUUUUGCACAAGUUCAGUUGGAGGUUCUGCAGUUGACCCGCCACCCUGAGAACUGGACCCUGCAGGCCCGCUGGCGGCUGGUGGGGCUGCCCAUCCACACGCUCUUUCUGCGCUUCUACAAGCGUGACAAGGAAGAGCUUUACCGGACCUAUGAUGCCUAUUCCACUUUCUACCUGAAUUCCAGCGGCCUCAUUUAUCGCCAUCGCCUAGACAAACUGAUGCCCUCACACUCGCCCCCAGUGCCUGUGAAGAAGCUGCUUGUGGGAGCCCUGGUGAUGCUGGGGCUGUCAGAGCAGGAACCCAACUUCCACCUGUGACCCAAGGCCUCCUCCAGGAACCGGGGCGGGCAGCACUGAAAACUACACACAGAGGUGGGGUUGGCCAGUUUCUUCCCGCUCCUCCCCCUCCCUGCCAUCUCAUGCUGUGUAAAGCUGCUGUGUAAUUUAACUUGUAAAUAAUAAAGUCUAAGUGAAAAUAUGA